CUGGAGGACCGAGUUUUGAAAUCAGUGGAAUUCAAGUAUGAUAGCUAAGGAGAUGGAGAAAACACCAGUCUGGAUUAUAUCACCAAGCUAAGGGCAACCAUGCAUGGCAUCAGACAGGAGACGCGUCCAACCAUAAUGUAUACUGUCAUUGGCAGCAGAGAACUGGAAGGAGCGGCGGACAAAGGAGGAAUUGUCUUUGGGGGUGACCAGAGAGAUAUACCUGCUGGAGCGCGUGCUACAGACUGCAGGGUGGGAGACGCAACAAUGGCUUUGAGAAAAGCAGGAAGUGUGUUGGUGGUCUUUUUCUGGUCUGUGGCAGUUGUAAUGGGUCAGGAUGGCUGGAGUGUGACAUACACCCCUCAGAGUAUCUGUGCCUUGAGGGGGUCAACAGUUGACCUGACCUGCUCUUACACAUAUCCCAGUGGUACAGUCACAACAACCCUCUGGUUCACUAAAUGGGAGACUGGUGUAGAACCUGAAUAUCUAGGACAGGACCCAGAAUAUGCAGGUCAUGUGGAGUAUCAUGGGGAUAAGGAGAAAGACUGUACCCUGAGAAUCAAAGACCUGAGAGAGAGAGACUCAUCUACGUACUGGUUCAGAUUAUUAACAGAUCAGGAAGGAGGGACAUAUACUGGAAGUCCUGGAGUCACUUUGUCUGUCACAGUUUUUUCUCCAGGUCUUCAGGUGAAGGUGACUGGUGGACAUCAGGAUAAGACACUGACCUGUAGCACCACCUGUACUCUGACUGACAACCCCACCUACAUCUGGUACAAGAACGGACAACAUCUAGAUGAAAGCACCUCCCCCCAGUACAAAAGCUCAGUCUCCAGCAACUACAUUGAUGGUUAUUCCUGUGCUGUAAAAGGCCAGGAGGAUCUCCACUCUCCUGCAGUGUGUGUUCAGGGUCAGGACUGCAACAGAGUAACUUACACCAAGAGGAGAAUCUGUGUCUUGAAGGGGUCAACAGUGGACAUAUCCUGUACUUAUGUUGGUUAUAAUAGAUUCAAAUCAUCACUUUGGUUUAGUCCUAAACGGAGUGCUAGUUGGACUAAUAAGUUGACACCUGAGGACCUAACCAGAGACCCAGGGUAUGCAGGUCGUGUGGAGUACACUGGAAGAGAGAGUGAAACAUAUGAAGGUCCCUCCUCCCUGAGAAUCUCAGAUCUGAGAGAGGAGGACUCAGCUGAGUAUCGCUUCGCUUUUAAAACUCAAAACUUUGAAUGGGGUCAUAGUUUCCCAGGAACAACUCUGUCUGUCACAGGUCUGCAGGUGAAGGUGACUCCUGCUGCAGAGGGACAGAAGACACUGACCUGUAGCACCACCUGUACUCUGACUGGCAACCCCACCUACAUCUGGUACAAGAACGGACAACGUCUAGAUGAGCCCACUUCCCAGCAGUACUCUGUCAAUAGUUAUUAUUCAGACAGUUACUCCUGUGCUGUAGAAGGCCAUGAGGAUCACCACUCUCCUGCAGUGUGUGUUUGGGGUGAGAGCUGUAUGAAUGUGACUUACACCCAUCAGAGUAUCUGCGCUUUGAAAGGGUCAACAGUGGACAUAUCAUGCUUUUACACACAUCCCAGUUGGCAUAACGUCACAGAAGUAUACUGGUUCAACAAAUGGGAGUCUGGUGUAACUAAAGACCUGAGCCAGGACCCAGAGUAUGCAAGUCGUGUGGAAUACCAUCGACAAACAGAAAAGGACUCCACUCUGAGAAUCACAGACCUGAGAGAGAGUGACUCAACUGAGUACAAGUUCAGAUUUACAACUGAUGAGGCAAGAUGGGGGUACAGCUUCCAUGGAACAACUCUGACUGUCACAGGUUGUCAGGUGGAGGUGACUCCUAAAUGGAGUUCACAGUCGAAGACACUGUCCUGUAGCACCACCUGUACUCUGAGUAACCCCAACCCCAUCUAUAUCUGGUACAAGAAUGGACAACAUCUAGAGGAAAGCAACUCCACCCAGUACAAAGACGCAGUGUCCAGUAACAGUAAAGACAGCUACUCUUGUGCUGUAAAAGGCCAUGAGGAUCUCCACUCUCCUGCAGUUUGUGUUCAGGGUCAGAGCUGCAACAGAGUGACUUACACCAAGAGGACAAUCUGUGUCUUGAAGGGGUCAACAGUGGACAUAUCCUGUACUUAUGUUGGUUAUUAUUCCACCACAUCAACAUUCUGGUUUAGAAGUGAUAAGUCGACCCCUGAAGACCUAACCAGAGACCCAGGGUAUACAGGUCGUGUGAAGUACCCUGACAAAGAGACAUGGAGAAAUGAAGGUCCCUCCAUUCUGAGAAUCUCAGAUCUGAUAGAGGAGGACUCAGCUGAGUAUCGCUUCACUUUUAAAACAAACAGCUUUGAAUGGGGUCAUAGUUUCCCAGGAACAACUCUGUCUGUCACAGGUCUGCAGGUGAAGGUGACUCCUGCUGCAGAGGGACAGAAGACACUGACCUGUAGCACCACCUGUACUCUGACUGACAACCCCACCUACAUCUGGUAUAAGAACGGACAACGUCUAGAUGAGCCCACUUCCCAACAAUACUCUAGUAAUACACUAGUAGUGUUGGGUCCUUCUGCGGAUAGUUACUCCUGUUCUGUUGAAGGUCAUGAGACUCUCCACUCUCCUGCAGUGUAUGCUCCAAAGAACACCUCAGUGUCAGUCAGUCCCUCUGGUGAAAUAGUGGAGGGCAGUUCAGUGACUCUGACCUGCAGCAGUGAUGCCAACCCACCUGUGGAUAAAUACACCUGGUACAAGAAGAAUGGAGCUUCACUGACAGGAUCUGAAAAGACAUACAAUUUCACAACCAUCAGCUCUGAGGACAGAGGAGAAUACUACUGUGGGGCUGAGAAUAAAUAUGGACAUCUCAACUCUUCUUCUGUGUCUGUGGACGUUCAGUAUGGCCCAAAGAACACCUCAGUGUCAGUCAGUCCCUCUGGUGAAAUAGUGGAGGGCAGUUCAGUGACUCUGACCUGCAGCAGUGAUGCCAACCCACCUGUGGACAAAUACACCUGGUACUUUCAAAAUAAGACUUUUCAAAAUGGAUUUGGACAGAUGUACAACAUAAGUAAGUUCAAGUCUAAGGACAAUGGACAUUACCACUGUGAGGCCUGGAAUGGAAGAGGAUCUAUGAACUCUACAGCUCUGAUGAUCAGUUUACCAGGGAAACAGACCUCAGUUAUGAAUGCAGCUGUAGGAAUCAUAGUGGUUGUUCUGGUUCUCAUCCUCUGUCUCUCUGGACUCAUGUGGUUCAGGAAGAAGUCCUCCAAAUCCAUCUCUGAAACAAGAGACACAUCAGAGAAUGUACAGGGAGACUCUAGUCCAGUGUAUGACAACAUCUCAGGCAUGGCCAUGGCCCCUACUGCAACACAGACAGCAGCCACCGUCGUCCAGGAUGACGUUCACUACGCCAGCGUCCACUUCUCUCGCUUCAAAAUCCAGGAAGUGCCUCUGUACUCCACUGUCCAGCUGCAUCAACCCCAGAAACAGGACGAGGAUGUCCAGUACGAUGCUGUGAAAUUCAACUGCCCCAGUUAUGCUAACCGACCCACGGCAGCACAAACAGCUGACGAGGAUUCCUAUGUUCUCUACAGUACAGUCAACAAACCCAGAACCAAGAAGACCUGAACAUUACAAACCCAGAACCAAGAAGACCUGAACACAACAAAUCCAUAUGCAAGAAGACCUGAACAUUACAAACCCAGAACCAAGAAGACCUGAACACAACAAACCCAGAACCAAGAAGACCUGAACACAACAAGUUUGACAGAAACCCUGUAUAUCUGGACCUGUAUAGCCAAACUAAGUGUUAUAAUAAUGUAUCAUAAGAUAUGCCAUUUAGAAAAUGCUUUCAUCCAAAGCGACUUAUAAUCAUGUGUGAAUACAUUUUUCAUGGCGGUGGCCCCAUUGGGAAUGGAAACCAUGCAGCAUGCUCUACCAACUGAGCCACACAGGACUAUUCAAACUUAGUUGUACUGCUGAUCCAGGGUCAGUUUUGUCUUAUAAACAAUGCUUCCUCAGUUGUGCACCGGGGCCUCCCACUCCUCUUUCUAUUCUGGUUAGAGCCAGUUUGCACUGUUCUGUGAAAGGAGUAGGACACAGCAUUGUACGAGAUCUUCAGUUUCUUGGCAAUUUCUCGCAUGGAAUAGCCUUCAUUUUUCAGAACAAGAAUAGACUGAUGAGUUUCAAAAGAUUGUCCUUUGUUUCUGGCCAUUUUAAGCCUGUAAUAGAACUCACAAAUGCUGAUGCUCCAGAUACUCAACUAGUCUAAAGAAGGCCAGUUUUAUUGCUUCUUUAAUCAGAACAACAGUUUUCAGCUGUGCUACUAAUUGCAAAAGGGUUUUCUAAUGAUCAAUUAGCCUAAACUUGGAUUAGCUAACACAACGUGCCAUUGGAACACAGGAGUGAUGGUUGCAAUAAUAGGCCUCUGUACACCUAUGUAGAUAUUCCAUAACAAAAUCUGCCGAUUCCAGCUACAAUAGUCAUUUACAACAUUAACAAUGUCUACACUGUAUUUCUGAUAAAAAAUUUUGAACACGAGUCAUCUGAUUCCAUUUCUGAUCAUUCCACUGUUGAAAGAUGACAGUAUCUGGACUAAACUUCCUAAUUGGCUUCUUCUAUUGAAAUUUUUCAUCAAGAAUUUCUCAGUACUUUGCUCCGUUCAUCUUUCUCUCGAUCCUAACUAGUCUCCCAGUCUCUGCUGCUGAAAACAUACCAACAGGAUGAUGCUGCCACCACCAUGCUUCCCCGUAGGGAUGGUGCCAGGUUUCCUCCA